AGGAAGGUUAGCUCUUCCCCAAGAUGGCAGCGCCCAGGGGCGGCGUGGCUGAGGGGAAGAUGAAGCGGCCGCGGGCCGCCCGCGCUCGCCGCGGCGGAAAACUGGACAGGCUGCGGCAAGCGGUGCAGGAGUUCGUGCAGGCAGCCGGCGACCAGCCGCCGCUGACUCUGCUGAAAGACUCGGAGAAGCAGAACCGCAGGAGCCGCCGGGACGCGAGGAAGGAGAAGCGCAGGCUCAAGCGGAGCCGCCGCCGCCGCCUCCAGCGCGGGGAGCCGGUGGAGGUCCCCGCCGCCCCGGUCAAGCAGGCCCCUGCCAAGCCGGCUCCUGCCGCCCGCCCCAGAGCCCCGGCCUCGCCCGCCGCCACCGUUGGAAAGCAGCGGCCGGGGCCGCCGCGGCAGCAAGAGGUGGCGAAGCCGCCGGUGCCGGCAACCCCCGGCGCGGCAGCCGCCGCAACCGCCUCGGCGCGGAAGCGUGCCCUGCUGCAGGCCAACGAGGAGGAGGAGAAGGAGAUCCGGCGCCUGGAGCGGCGGCUGGGGCUUGGCAAGCGCCGCAAGAAGCAGGAGGGGGCCGCGGCGGAGAAGCUGCCACAGAGCUUCCUGCGGGACGGGCUGGGCUACGUGCUGGGCGCUCUGGGCUCCCGGGCCGGCCUCAGCGAGCUGUGCGAGAGCAGCGAGGAGGAGGCGGAGGAGGCUCCAGGGCGGCGGGAGGGCCAGCCGGAGCCGGAGAGUGAGAAGGAUUCGGAGGACGCCUCAGACCCCUGCGAGGGGGGCGAUGUGGAAGGACAGUGGGAGAGCGAGAGCUCGUCCUCGUCCCUCGGGGGCGGCGGGGUGCCUGAGGCCAGCGAGCCCCCGAGCGAGGAGGAGGAGGAGGAAGAGGAGGAGGAGAAUCAUAAUCAUAGAGCUACGAAGUAUGUUCCCCCUCAAGUAAGGAAAGCUCAGGAGACACAGGAUGACAAGAAAAGAGAAGAAUUGGGAAGACUGAAGAAAAUGGUGAAUGGUCUCAUUAAUAGGUUGAGUGAACCAAAUUUGUCCUCCAUUAGUGGACAGAUGGAAGAGCUGUACAUGGCCAACAGCAGAAAGGACAUGAAUGAAACUCUGACAGAUAUUCUCAUGAAUGCUUGUGUUACUGCAGUUGCCAUGCCUGCAAGACUGAUGAUGGAGCACGUCCUUUUGGUCAGCAUUCUUCAUCAUAACAUUGGAAUAGAGGUCGGUGCUCACUUUUUGGAAGCCGUGGUGAGGAAAUUUGAUGAACUAUGUAAAAGUGAUGCUGAAGGGAAAGAAUGUGAAAAUCUGCUUGCCUUGAUUGCUCAUCUGUAUAACUUCCAUGUGGUUCAUUCCCUGCUGAUCUUUGAUAUUCUGAAAAAGCUUGUUAGCAUAUUCACUGAAAAAGAGAUUGAGUUGAUUUUGUUUCUUCUGAAAAAUGUGGGCUUUUCCUUAAGAAAAGAUGAUGCAUUGGCUUUGAAGGAACUGAUCACCGAAGCCCAGAGGAAAGCAAACACAGCGGAGAAGAAACUCCAGGAUCAGACUAGGGUUCGUUUUAUGCUAGAGACUAUGUUGGCACUAAGGAAUAAUGACAUGCGUAAGAUUCCUGGUUAUGAUCCUGAACCAGUUGAAAAGCUCCGCAAAUUACAGAGAACACUGGUUCACGGGAGUGGUUCUGGAAAAGAAACUCAGCUCCGUGUCUCCCUGGAAUCUCUCCUCAGUGCUGAUCAGGUUGGUCGUUGGUGGAUCAUAGGGUCAUCCUGGAGUGGAGCACCAAUGAUCAAUGACACAAACAGCAAGACUCAGCAAAAACUGCAUAUAGGAAAGGUGAAUUCAAAGAUAAUGGAGCUAGCUCGUAAACAGAGAAUGAACACCGAUAUCAGGAGAAGUAUUUUUUGUGUCUUGAUGACAAGUGAAGACUUCCUGGAUGCCUUUGAAAAGCUUCUCAAGCUUGGACUGAAAGAUCAGCAAGAGAGAGAAAUUGUUCAUGUUGUCCUUUAUUGCUGCCUACAGGAGAAGACAUAUAACCCCUUCUAUGCAUUUUUGGCUAACAAAUUUUGUGAAUAUGAAAGACGAUUUCAGAUGACAUUUCAGUUUAGUAUCUGGGACAAAAUCAGAGACUUAGAAAACCUGUCAGCAACUGCCAUCUCCAACUUGGUUUCACUGCUGACUCACUUACUAAGGACAAAAUCAUUGCCACUUUCAGUUCUCAAGGUAAUUGAAUUCAGCGAACUAGAUAAACCCAAAGUCCGUUUCUUGCGACAAGUAUUAAGCAUGCUGUUAAUCAAAGCAGAUGCUGAAGAACUUAGUGACAUUUUUGUGAGGUUAUCUGACAACCCCAAACUGGGAGUUCUACGGGAAGGCUUGAAACUCUUCCUUACCCACUUCUUACUGAAAAAUAUACAAGCCCAAAAAAGUGCUGAAGAAGCUAGCUUAUUAAAAGAAAGAGUUGAACUAGCAACCAGGGCUUUGGAAGCAAAAGAACCAAAAUUGAAGCUAUAAUUCUGUUUUUCUAAUAAAGCAUAUAGAAAAACUGA